ACACAGACAGUGAGAGAGAACCAGACUGCUACUUUUCACUGCUCGGCCAACGGCAACCCGCAGCCUACGGUGACCUGGACCAAGGUGAACGGCUCCUUGAGAGAUGGUUCUGUGAAAGUGGGUCAUGGCAGGAGGCUUGAUAUAAUACACCCGACAUUAGAUGACUCUGGGCAGUAUAAGUGCACUGCAGUUAAUAUACUGGGGCGAGAUGAGAAAAUUGUUAAGCUUAUUGUUGGAGGUGAGUGGCUUCUGAAAAUUAACGCGAUUUUCGUUCUCCAUUUGAUUUCAAUUCAAACAGGAGCCAAGUCAGUGUUAACUUCAUUAGUUUCUGAAUUCACUGCUACCAGUAAUCGUCAGUUUAAUCACUAAAAGGUGUUUUUACUGAUCGACUCACUAGCAAUUAAAAAGUGAUGAUGUCCAGGUUUGAUUCGAAAGAAGGUCAGAAAUCAGAUAUCCUAAAAUGACACAAAAUCAAUUAUAUAAUAUUAUUGCUUGUCGUCUUUCAUAAUAAUAAUAAUAAUAAUAAUAAUGAUAAUGAUGAUAAUAAUAAUAAUAAAAAUUCUUAAAUUUAGAAAAUACUCUUACCCGCUUCACAAUUAUCAUAGUGAGGAUAAAAUUAAGAUAGAAAUAAAUUAAAUAUGUCAAUAGUCAAUCGCAAAGUGAACCAGUGUAAAUCCAAAGGAAAUACAAUGAAUUGUCUUUGAGGCUCGACUGAUAAACUCACUGACAAUUUUCUAUUUCACAGUUAGCCCGCGAUUCACCAGAGUCCCAGGACCUUUUCUUGUUAUAAAAGAAGAUGCAGUAGCAUCAGUUACUUGUGAAGCCUUCAGUUAUCCACCCUCUGUGGUCACGUGGACGGGACCUCUGGUAGCUUUGCCAAAGGGGCGGAGCAGUGUUACCAACGGAACAUUGACAAUUCAAGACUUCUCUGCUGUAGACACUGGAAAAUACGUUUGCACGGUGAAAAACAAACUUGGUUCAGUCUCGGCUGUCACUACCUUGAGUAUCCAAAGAAAACCAGGUAUUAAUUAAAACAAGCUGCAAGUUGUAUUUAAACUGCUGAACAGGCCCGAGUUUGGGAAUUUUUUCCAGAAUUUCGAGGAGUUAACUGCUUGGCCACCACCCCUCCACGGAAACACAAUACUUUUAUACAGCCUAAAAAGCAGUCGAACCUCUUUAAGCGGAUAGUACACGAUCAAUAUUUCCAACAGUUCAGUCUUUGUUUUGUAAUUUAUUUUAAAGGUAUCGAUAAAAUAGCGAGAGAAUAAAACCGGCGGUUACAGAAUCCCACAACUAGGAGCUCCUGGCGGGUAUUAGUAUAUGGAGCAAGACUCAACUGAGCACCGUUAAAAUUCUUAUGUAAAUAAGAGUACAUCAAAAUUAAACCAGUGUUAAACAAUGAGCAGAUUAAUUUUUCCUGCUUAAAGUUAAAUUGGUGUUGUUUACCUCAAUUUUAA